GAGGAGGGAGAUUGUGCUAAAAUGGAGCAGCUCCUUCAAGUCACCUUCACCAGCAAGCCUGAGGGCAAUUGUCUUUUUUCAUUCCUCUUCCUUAUGUAAUUGUUAUAGAUCCAUAUGGUGCCCACUCUUUUCAGCAUCUACUUCCAAGAUUUGCUGAGGAACAAAAGCUUUUUAGUCCUUUGUGUUCUCGCACAUUACCAUUCCAUUAUGUGUCUCCCCUCGAAUAAUUGAUUGAAUGAUGUCGUAAUCGUUAGGUAUUCUACAGGCUUUUGUCACUUCUGCCAGCUGAUUCAGUUUGCUCAAGACGUGGCAAAGGAAUUUAAUCUGAGAUACAUAUUCAUACAAAACAUCCGUGCUUAUUUGAGGAGAAAACAAAUAUCAAGCCAUUUGUCUGGUACAAAGUCGUUAAUGUGGACUUAAGCUCGAUUUAGAUUUUUUUUAAACCAAAUUUCUAACAUUUAACCAUAUUAUAAUAACCCCAUUAACCCGGAAGUGUUUCACGAAAAGCUCUUCAGCUAGGAUGAUGAAUAGUGAGGGUGUUGCUAUCUGUUCUAGCACAGUUUCCAAAAUUGAGUCAUGAGGAGUUUGUUUCUUCAAGGCAAAUGCAGUGGCUCCAGUUUGAAGUUUCAUAACAUGGAUUGAGUUCUCACCCGUGGUAAACAAUGAAACAGCAUGGGAGUCUUCAUGUUUACUGCUCUCGAUCCCAUCACUCCAACCCACUCAAAAAAAGAGGCGCUUGUUUUCCAAAGUGCUGUGCGUGAGUUUGGAAAUGAAUCUGCUGAUGCACUGUUACAUUGACCACGCUCCUGAGCCAAAGGGCAGAACGGUGUGAGAUUGGACGAGCACGGAGUCUGUCUGGAAUAGUCUGCCGAAUGAAAGACACAUGGUGGGUGGAGGGGACAGGAGGGGUGGUUGGCUGAGUGGCGGAGUUGGCAGAAACCGUGAUGGUACAGUAGAGGGAAGCAAUGCGGGUCUCUGCCCCCCUUGAUACAGCUCCAGAGCUCCCCUACUUUAUUUAAGACCCUCAGUCUCUUGGCGUUCUUAUCAAACUCUUCCUCUUUGGCAUCAUGAUCCUUUGCAGAUUUCCUACUACUGUACCCAUCUAACGUGGCAUGCUUGCAGUUUUUCCUCAUCCCCUCCCCCACGUAUUUAUCUUUCCUUAUUCAUAAACCAGCAGCCCUAAACCAGUCAGAACUCAGAUACACUUGCAUGCCUUGCCUGUCCCCCCUCCGGUCCUAUCUCCUCUCUCUAACUCUCUCUCUCGCUCUGAAACUAAACACUUUUUUUCUCCGAGGUUACAUGAGACAGUCGUUUCUCACCCCGGUCUUCCUGGGGACCUCUGGCCAUUUAACAAGCUUUGGAAAGUUAAGAGACUUUCCCUCACCACAGAUUAACAGGGCUAAGUUACUGGCCGGUUACAGACCGAUAUCAUGUGUGUGUUGUCACUUGCCCGGAAGACACAGUACACAGCUCCAUGUAGAGCGGAAUCCUAACCAGAGAUACUUGUGCACUUCAACUUUCACCACAAAUCAAAGUUUUGUGUAAAUCCCACAUUAGUGUCCGUGUGAAAGGUCAUGUUCUGUGGGCUUUUCUCAGGUUGGGAUUUGGCUGUUAAUGAACUGCAGGCCAUAUCGUGACUUGAGAGUUGUGUGUAAAACCUUGAAAUUCCUCAGAAGGAUUAUAUGAAGGAAUGAAUUGCCUAGACAUUCAUAAACUUGCAAAAUAAUCUUUCUCAUUAUGUUGUGAUAUAGAAUGAUCUGUACACACACUAACUGUACACACGGAAUGUUGUGUGACAGAUAGUCCAGGUAGACCUUCAAGCAGAGUUUGAGUUGUAUUUUGUGUACCAUUGGAGUAUACCUCCACACUCUGUUCUUCAUGCCUGUUGAUAUUCCAUGCAGGAGUUAUUAUUGACAAUGGACAAGCAUGACCUAACAAAGUUCCGGAACACGAUGAUGUUGACGUUCAUCAAAGAAAGCUUUUGAGGCUGGCUAUAAGGCUAUACGAAAGAGUUUUAGCUUUGGUCUUAAGUCCACAAUGGCUGUUUGAAGGAGAUAUCCUGUAGGGAAGUUCUGUGUUGUUAUGUCUUCUGCCAUCUGAUCAUUUUACUUUUGCUAUUUUUUGUUGCGUUGGCUGUGCUACGGCAUGUAUCGCUUGCGUCAUAUUGUGAGACUUAGUUUCAAAUACAUUUUAUUACCAUUUUGUUCAGUAAAUGAUAAUGAAAAGAUAGACUUUCAUCUUGACUCGACAUGUUUGCUAGAAUCCAUUUGGAGUGCUUGCUUUGCAUUUUGGCUGGAUGAUGCGAGCACAAUUAGGCCUGCAGUUUUUUUAAUUAGGUCAUCCCCAGUUGAGUUUAAUCCUAUUUGUAUGUUUACCGCCUCUGACACCCUCCCCUCUUACAUUUCAACAAAUUUGUCCCAAAAUAAUCUCUGCCACUGCUCAAAUUCUCAUUUAAAUCAAGGAGACUACUUAAAAUUAUUUUAAUGUGCUACGAUGAGUUUGCUUGAUAUGAUGAAUUCCUGUAGAGAAGACUGUUGUUAGUACACGGACAAGCUAAGGCAUAUAAAAGUCCCCUUUUAAUGUUCUUUCCACUGCAGUGGCUUAUGUUAGGAGCAAAUUAGCCUGUCCAACAAUUUGCCUGCUCAGGGUAAUACUAAUGAAAAUACUGCUUGCUGCUCAAUAUACAGUAUUGCGUUCUCAAUAACUGGUUAAACCAGUUUUUCUCAAUUUCAGGUUUAAUCAGACUUGCAUGCAGCAUGCCAUAGAAGGAACAAAGAAUAAUUGAUUUGGCAGUAUUGUCUACUCCUGUAUAAUGUUGUCUUUAUAGCUAACAGUUAUUGAGAUCUCUAACAAUUCUUUCCAACCAAUGUUUUUGGCAAAUGUUUCUAUGUUACUUUUUAGUACCACAACUGACAACAGGGUUUGGAAGAUUCAGAAUACUCAUGUCAUUUUGAUUUCAUUCCUCAAAUAGCUUAGAUCAGGGUUUCCCAAGCUCGGUCCUUCCCAAAAUCUAAAGCUCUAGCUUCAACCUAUAAUAUACAGCAUAGACCAGGGUAUUCAAAUCUGUGUAGUGCUAGGGCAAAAAAACAAAACAUGUACCCAGGGGGGCCCCAUGACCGAGUUUGGGAAACCCUGGCUUAGAAGACACAUAGUCAGGCAUUGCCGCUGUAUGUCCUUGGGACAAACCAUCUGUUUCUUGCAUGAGCUCAUCCACAUACGGUGAGAGACGGAGAUAAAGAAUUCUGGGUAAGAUGGCCAGGGUUAAAACACCAGUUAACAUGAAGAGAUGGCCAGGGUUAAAAGACCAGAUGACAUGAAGGGAUGGCCAGGGUUAAAAUACCAGAUGACAUGAAGAGAUGGCUAGGGUUAAAAAAACAGAUGACAUGAAGAGAUGGCCAGGGUUAAAAGACCAGAUGACAUGAAGAGAUGGCCAGGGUUAAAAUAUCAGAUGACAUGAAGAGAUGGCCAGGGUUAAAAUACCAAAUGACAUGAACAGAUGGCCAGGGUUAAAAUACCAGAUGACAUGAAGGGAUGGCCAGGGUUAAAAUACCAGAUGACAUGAAGAGAUGGCCAGAGUUAAAAUACCAGAUGACAUGAAGAGAUGGCCAGGGUUAAAAUACCAAAUGACAUGAACAGAUGGCCAGGGUUAAAAUACCAGAUGACAUGAAGGGAUGGCCAGGGUUAAAAUACCAGAUGACAUGAAGGGAUGGCCAGGGUUAAAAUACCAGAUAACAUGAAGGGAUGGCCAGGGUUAAAAUACCAAAUGACAUGAAGGGAUGGCCAGGGUUAAAAUAGCAGAGGACAUGAAGGGAUGGCCAGGGUUAAAAUACCAGAUGACAUGAAGGGAUGGCCACGGUUAAAAUACCAGAUGACAUGAAGGGAUGGCCAGGGUUUAAUGAAGAGGAAAAAGCAUCACUGCAUCCAUUUGAACCAAUUCCCGUGAAUUUUAGUCAUUUAGCAGAUGCUUUUAUCCAGAGUGACUUACAGUAGUGCGUGCAUAUAUUUUCAUACUUUUUUCUUGUGCUGGUCCUCCAUGGGAAUCAAACCCACAACCUUGGCUUUGCAAGCAACAUGCUCUAUCAACUGAGCCACACGGGACAUACAGGGGUAUCAUGACACACAGGAAGUGACCAGUAACUUCCUGGGAGCCAUGUGGCUGAUCUCUAUUACCUUCCUCUCGAUUGGCUACGGAGACAUGGUACCUAACACGUACUGUGGGAAAGGCGUAUGUCUGCUUACAGGGAUCAUGGGAGCUGGCUGCACUGCGCUGGUGGUCGCCGUGGUAGCCAGGAAGUUGGAGUUGACCAAGGCUGAGAAGCAUGUCCACAACUUCAUGAUGGACACACAACUCUGCAAACGAGUAAAGAACACAGCUGCCAAUGUACUCAGGGAAACAUGGCUCAUCUACAAACACACUAAAUUGGUCAAGAAGAUCGAUCAUGCCAAGGUGCGGAAACACCAGCGCAAGUUUCUACAGGCUAUCCAUCAACUGCGCAGUGUGAAGAUGGAGCAGAGGAAACUCAAUGAUCAGGCCAACACGCUAGUGGACCUGGCUAAGACCCAGAACGUGAUGUAUGACCUGGUGUCGGAACUGCAGGAGCGUAGCGAGGAACUGGACAAGCGGAUCGGCAUGCUGGAGGAAAAGCUGGACUCGGUGACGGGCAGCCUACAGGCUCUGCCCUGCCUCAUCUCCCAAGCCAUAAACCAGCAGCAGCAGGAAUUCCUGGACGGCUUCCUGCACCGCUUCCGGCCCACCUCACUGGGCUCAGAGCGCUCGGAACGUUCCGAACGUUCCGAGCGUUCCUGGACCUCCACAGCCCGCCGGCGUCGCUCGCCCUCAACGGCACCGCACACCUCCUCUGACAGCGGCUAGCCCCCGCCCUCGGAAUCGCCCAAAACGACCCUAAACCGCACUACCCCCGAUGACGACCCAUAACAUUCCCCUAACCCCCCUAAGCCCCCCUCUACGUCACAUCCAAAAACCAACACCAUUAUGACUGAACUUCCAGCGUGGGACUGAAAUAGAAACUGCUCCAAUGCAAACCAUUAAAAACUUUGACACAUCCACUAAACAACAACCUAAACGACUUAAACCGAGACAAGUAGAGAUAUGGUUUAUGUUUUAGCCAUUGUAUGGCUGUUCAAGUUAGCUUUUUUUGUAAAAGCCCUUGUAUAGUUAAACUGACUGAGUUCAGGGUUGCUGGGGUGAGAGCUGGCUAUCACACCGGAGCGUCCUUAACCCAGUGAGGAGUGGGGGUGGGGGGGUAUAGGGGUUGUCCGUCCGUGUAGGGUCUGCCUGGACUUGCCUGGCCUGGUCAGAUCAGUCUACGGGGUCUGAGGAGGUUAGAUGACACCUUUGUCCACACGGAGAGACACUUCAAACUGGUGGACUUCCCUUUUACAAGACAGGUGUCAUGGUUUUUCCCUGUAAGCCAAGGUGAUGGUGUAAGAGGGCCUCUGAAAGCUCUGACGUCAGUUCAUUGUUGAAUCGCACUUAAGGUGGGGGGGGGGUCACACAAAAGGAGAGCAAGGGGAAUGCACAUGACAUUACUACUGAGUAGGAAAAUGUACACGAAUGCCAAUUUCGAAGUUUCCGUUUCCUUGUUCUUACCAAGGGAAAGCUGAGAGCGACUAUCUUUUUUAGUUACAUAUUGACAUGUGAUUUUUCAGUGCCUGAAUGUACAAAUAGUAGAGGGUUAUUUAAUUACUAAUUUCAGAGCAAGUUUUUUACGAUGUUAACACUGAAUACAAGCAUUGCAUUCCUUUUUCAGAUACAUUCCUCUUCAAAAACUCAUAGAAAUUGUCUUAAUGUAAUGCAUAACAUUGCCUCCAUUACACAAUAUCUCUUAAUGUUUGGAAAAUGUUUUUUUAAAAACUUAUGCUAACGGAAUAGGUCAGAAAGAGAGAGAGUGAGAGAGAGAAAAAAAGAGAGAAUGUGUUUGAGGGAGAGAGUUCACUUCCAGCUCGAUGCUGCGCACUCAUACUCACACAAAACCAUGAAAUGUAGUCUACCUUUUCAAUAUACUCUUACAAAAAAGGGUUUCAAAAGGGUUCUACAGCUGUCCCCAUUGGAUAACCCUUUUUGCUCCCAGGUAGAACCCUUUUGGGUUCCAUGUAGAACCCUCUGUGGAAAGGGUUCUACAUAAAAUCCAAAAGGGUUCUACCUGGAGCCAAAAAGGGUUUAUCAAAGGGUUCUUCUAUGGGGACAGCCGAAGAACCCUUUUAGGUUCUAGAUAGCACCUUUUUUUCUAAGAGUGUACAAAUCAGAGCUUCCACAGGUAUUCAGAUAAUGGCAUGGCUUGAAGUCUGCUGUGAAACGGUGACCGGCACACAAUACCGACCGAACUGAGAAAAACCAACCCUGUCCCUUGCAUGGUUCUGUGCAAAAAUGACGAUGGAGCAAAACCUUUUGGAUGGCUUGACGAUUUGCAUUUAGAUUUAUGUUACUUUUGUUGUUGUUACUUCCAUUUAUUUUUGGGGGGGACCUAGGAUUUCUAGAGUUGAAAAUCUAGAGAGUUGCAGUAAUGUGUUACAAUAUAACAAAUGCAUUCCCUGUCUGAAAUUGGCGUGAAGAAAAAUCUCUAUAAAAGAAAAAUCCUGAAAGUACUAAAGUACUUAGCUACUUGGAUGGCUAGAGACAGUAAAUUAGUUCACAGUACCACAAGGUGUCCAAAUUACUUAUUACCUUGACCUCCUUCAAAAGGGUAAUGGAUCUCCCAUUUAAAAAAUAACAAGUGAACAUUAUCAAUCAAGAAAACACAGCAUUACGAUAUGACUUUAGUAAGGAGAACAAACCUUAUCAGAAAGUCAGUUAGACAUGUUGUAGUCUGUCGUCCACCAAACAGUCGACCAAGUCUGUACCGGUAAGCAUCCACUAAUGGUCAGGCUGUCCAGAGAGAGAGCUCUUGGUUUAAUAACAUGUUCAGCUUGCUGUGAAAGGGACUUAAUCAAGCAUGACUCUUCACUGCCCCUCUACACACUAACCAUCCACUCCAACUGAGGGAUAUCACUCUAUUACUGUAUAGUCAGGGGCGGACUGGGACCAGAAAUCGUCUCUGACAUUUCUAACACAACGGCCCUUGAGGCCCCCAUUAUAGCCAGAUAAUUGUCAUUUUGCACAAAAAACGAAGUUGGACAGGCCCAUUGUGCUACAAAUGGACCAGUCCACCUGGCAAGUCCGCCACUGCUUAUAGUCUCUCUUUAAAAUCAGCUUUUACACCUUUGAGUUGAUUGGAGGGUUACUCGAUUGUGCUCUCACCUGUUCCAGGCAUACCAGCGUUAACCUCUUCAUAUGUUUGAGAUUUAACUCCUUCAUCUGUCAUCACCAAAAACAAAAGCUCCAUACCCAAUUAUAUGUUUUACUAUAUUUUUGUUCCAACAACCAUUUUGAUGGUAGGAAAAUUUGGUCAAAAGAUGGGGGAACCCCCUUGUCCCUCUUCAGAUUGCAUUUAGUGCAUGAUACUUAGUAUAGCACCAGUAAACAGACAUCACAGGUGCUUGAAUGUCCUCUCCAGAGAGUAGAGUUACUUCAGCUGGUAGAGAGGAAGCAAAGAAAGAGAGAGAGAGCGAGAGAGAAAGAGAUUAGAGCCAUACCUCAUUUACUGACAGAUGUCCGUUUUGCCCCAUGGGGUUUAGAAGCAGCAAGAGUGGGUGUCCCGUGAAUAUGACCUCAUUGUGGAUGUCACAUAACAAAUGGGACAAAUGUAAUAACGAAGGGGCAGAUGCAGCGAGGCGCAACUUUCAGGACAUUACAGAAAUAUAAAUAGAAAAGUAAUGUAUAGAGAGGGUAUUGCUCUCUGUAUUUCACAUUAUGAUAGAGAAUUUCAGUUGUAGACAUCAUAUUUCUUUAUGACAUGCCCCAGGGUUUUUCUAAACGUUAACUGCCCAAACAUCAUUCCAAUAGCUGUUACAGCAAAAUAGAGUCCUCGUUUUCUGAAAAUAGUCCUUGCCAAAAAUGCCACAAUUUUUCAAAGAGAGAGGGAAAUUCAUAUCAAUAUGCUGAUAAUAUCUGGUGAGGAAAAUAAUCUGAAUACAAUCAUUCUUACUUCUAUCUAAAAGAACAGGCAAAGCUGGCAUCUGAUUGUGUUUAGACUAGAUAAAAUAGGAUGAAAACUAAGUAAUGUAUACCAUUGUUAUGUGUACACUGCCACAGAAUGCAUUUGUAGUAGCGGAAUAAACCAAUUUUAAUGGCUGGCAUUCAGUGAUGGUAUGUUCUCUGUAUGUGUUGUUAUUUCUUUUGCAGGUGACAGUUGUACCAAAAAGAGGAGAACGAACGUCUGGUCAUUAAAUACUAUCUUCAGCUAUGA